AUGAACGAUUCUGUGUCCACGCCGCUGGUCAAGAAGGAGGACAGUCUUGGUCUGGACGACGAGGCAACCGUGCUUCGCCGUCCUUCCAUGAACUCGACUUUCCCUCAGAUCUCACCACCAGCCAUGAUGGCGCUCUCUUCACAGCAUGCCACACACGAACUCGACUUCCCAAAUAUACAGCCCAAGCGCGAGAGCCCCGACAACCCCAACAACACAAACGAUGGUGGAGAACAGGUCAAGCUGGAGGAGCCACUGCCCCCAUUAAUGGACGAGAUCGAGUCCGGGGAUGACGACUCCUCGAGAGUGUCUGCGUACGCUCGAUUGGACUUUGAGUCGUUUACAUUCUACGUACAAACCCUACAGGUGGUGCUAGGACGAAGGGUGGAAAAUUCGUCCAGCAUGGUUGAUGUCCAUCUGGGCGACACAAAGGCCAUCUCUCGAAAACAUGCAAAGAUCUUCUACAACUUUGGCACCCAGCGAUUUGAGCUCAGUGUUUUGGGCAGAAAUGGCGCUUUUGUGGACGAUGUUUUUGUGGAAACGGGAUCCACAGUGCCUCUAAAGGAUGGCACCAAAGUGCAGGUGGGGACUAUUCCCUUCUCGUUCGUGCUGCCCAGCCUUCCCGACCACACUACCGGCUCCCCCACGCCCAUAAACCCUGCCGAUGCGCUGUCCAUGCGAUCUAACAACAUACGGGUUCUCAGUCGCCAAGGCUCUCCUGCCAUUGUAUCUCCGCGAAAGAAGUCGACAGGCAGCAGUAACAGCAAGCAGUCCACGAAGUCUGCUACUGGCAGUCCAGGUACUCCCGUGCUAGAUCCUCUCGAUUACAACCUGCCCACCGAGGUCACUGAGGCAAACGCUUCUUCUUCGUCAGUGAACCUGUUUGAACAGGAGAACAGCAAAUACACUGAAAAUAUGGACGUCAAGUACGACUCGGACAAGUAUAGCGACAAAUACGACCUGCCGCUGGAUGACAUGGAUCUUGACGAUGCUGUGGACGCUUCGCUGAGUGACCUUCAGCCCGUGUACCCCACUGGGUCACAAUAUAACAUGCCCUCGCAGCAACAGCAUCAACACAACCAGCACCAGCAGUCAAACAUGCAACCGGGAAAUAUGUUCCAACAACAAAAACCGCAGUCCAAGCCACGCAAACAGCCCAAGCGAGAGUACCAGCUCCACGAAAUCCCCGAGGAAUACCGUACCAAGCCUAACUUCUCUUUUUCGCAUCUCAUUGCCACUGCUCUGGAACAGGCCCCCGACAAGGGAGUUUCUCUGGCAGAGAUCUACAGAUCCAUCCAAGAGAUUUUCCCUUAUUACAAGUACUGUCCCCAUGGAUGGCAGAACUCUGUGCGUCACAACCUGUCAUCGUCCAAGACGUUCCGCAAGGUGUCCAAAGAGGGUAAAGGUUGGUUAUGGGGUAUCGACAGAGAAUGGUGUGCUGAGCGGGAUCGUCAGAAACGCAAAUCGACGCUCUCCAAGAACAAAUCCAUGCGUCCAGACUCGCAUAUUCCUGGCAGUGCCCCUAACCCCGCAUUUUCGAACUUCUCUGUUAACAACUUUGAUAGUGGAGAAGUCAAGAUGUACUCGCCCGACACUAACACGUACGGCACUCAAAUUGAUCUCAACUCGCACAACACCGAUGCCCAUGGCGGUCAAACCAUGACCUUUGACCAGAACAAGAACGAUGGAGGAGUCAACGUGAUCGACUUCAGCAGUGCAAACUUCACCCUGGACAAUAACGCUAGCACCUCUUCUUCUUCGGCAGGCUCUUCUUCUCAACCCAGAGGCGGUCAAGAGAUCAAGUUCAUGCCUGGAAGCGGCCCUAACGGAGUCAUUGACUUCUCCUCGCAGCCCAAGGCCCGUCAAAAGACUAUUGCCGAAAUGGCGCAGGAGAUUCAGUUGCAAAACUCAGGCUCUCAGCAGCGUAUGUACCAAUCCCCCUACCAGUCUCAAACCACCCCAGCGGGUGGCAUGGGACAGCAGAACACCUCGUCACAGCAGGCUCGAGCGCAAGCCGGCUCGUCCGCUGGUGGUAAGGCAACUGCCCCCAAGCUCGGUAAGGAUGCUAUGAAGAUUCUCGCUUUGCUACAACAAAAAAUAUCUCAGCAAUUCCAGCAGCAACUCGGCGGCAAGGCGCCCAGUUCUGCAUUAAUCACUAACGCAUUGGCCAUUGCCAUAGCUCAGGCCACUAAAAAGAACCCCAGUGGCGGAGUCAAUGCCUUGCAGUCUCUCCUCAACGGCGACAACCAACAGCAGUUGAACCAGAUUGUCAUGGCUGCAUACAACGCUGUGAAGACCAAGCAGGACGCCCAGGGAGGAGGUAACUCUUCCAACUCUAGACAGCCUACCCCUCAACAGUCUACACCCCAGCAGUCGACUCUGCAGAUAAAGCAGGAACGCCCAAUGUCGACACAGCAACAGGGCCAGUCUCAAUUCUCGACCCAAACCCAGUUUCAGAGCCAGUCCCCUGCACCGCAGUACUCGCCUCCUGCUCAGGCCUCGCCGCAGAUUUCCCAGCCCCAGAUGUCCCAGUCUCCUCAAAUUGUGACAUCUGGAACGCCUGGUGCUUCUGGCUCCAUGCCCGGAUCUGCUACUGCCUCUCCCGCUCCUGCUCCUGCUCCGGUGCAAGCACCUGUCCCCGUUCAAACUCAGGCUCCUGCUCAGCAUACUACCGCUCCACAGGCUCGGCCAGCUGUCCCUGGUACAUCGUCUGCCGUACCUACACCUUCUGCAUCUUCUGCCCCCGCUACUGCACCUGCAGGUAGCUCUUCUUCUCCUGCCACUGCGAAACCUGCUGGAGGGCUCACUUCGCUAAGCAACUCGGACACCACCAUUGCCCAGGUGCUCGAGCAGGCCAGCAAAAUCUCCAACCCUUCGCCGGCGGUCCAAGCUGCUCUCAAACAGCUCAGGGCCCACGCCGAAAAGUAUGGAGCCGACAUCCCCAUUGGGUCUCUUGGAAAACUUCCCAAACCAGGAGACAAACGGAAGGCCGAAGAUCCGCCAUCUGCUCAUGAGCAGCCAGCUAAGAAGCCUCUUAACAACUAG